GAUAGCAGUGGUAGCACCUCGAUUCCUGGGCAGCGGCCAGGGCAGCUUCGCCUCUGUCUAUGUUCCGCAGCAGGAAAGUCUCUUUGAAGGUGCAUCGCUGCGGGAAAUCGUGGAAGCAGCCAGGGCCAGCAAGAAGCCAUGCAAGAAGCCUACACGCGUGGUUGUCACCCUGUCGACCUUCGAGGGACGACUUGGGAACCUGAAGAUGGCCCUGGAGUCGCUAGCAACUCAGAGUUGCCAGGCCGAUGCCAUCUACGUCUUUGUCACACAGAAUCCUUUCACCAAAUCUUCGAUCAAAGGCCGCGGGAGCCAAGUAGCUGGUGAUGGAGUAGCAGGUGACUCUACUUUCUGGGAGGAGAUCAAGGGUAUCAGCAACAUCAUCGCCGUGAAGCAAAUAAGUGAUGACUGGGGCCCCGCCACCAAGCUCCUGGCAGCUCUGCAAGUGGAGAAGGACCCCAAGACCUGGCUCAUCACAGUGGACGACGAUACAAAGUACCACAAAGACACGCUUUUGGCCCUUGUUCUCGCUGCAACGUACCUACCUUGGAACGUCUCCCCAGCCUUUUGGUGCGAGGAGGCCUGGGCUGAUGGGUACCGGAGUUUGAAGAAGCGGACCAUGGACCGUGGGGAAGAAGGCACUGUGCACGGCUGGUGUGGAGGCUUCGCUGGUGUUCUUUUCAAGAGGUUCAUGGUUGGAGACCAUGUCUUCAACUUUAGCGAGGCCCCCCUUGGGUGCCGGACUCAUGACGAUGUCUGGUGGGGUGGCCACCUACUUAGUGCAGGGAAUAGGCCUUACUUAAUUGAUCCCGGCUUCUUCUCUGUGGAGUGGACUCCAACAGCUGCUUCGGAGCGCCAAGUCUUGAGCGUCCAUGUUCUAGACGGCAUGGCCAAGAACACAGGCACGGAUCUUCAGAGUGAGUGCGCAUCAUGGUUUGCAGCCCUUCGUGGCUUGCAUCUGGUUGGCACACAGUUUCUCCCGCCUGGCAUCUUCCGACAUCCAGCGGUUGUGGCACAGUCCGGUCAAGACUUAUGGAUUCUCAAAAAUUUCUUUUCACACACAAAGGCGGCGCCGCCUACGGGAACGUUUGUGGAGUUUGGGGCCUUGGACGGCACUUACCACUCGAACACAAACUUCUUCGAAACUACCCUUGGCUGGCAUGGGGCACUUGCAGAGCCAUCUAUUCACUUCCAGAGUGAGCUAGCACAGAACCGACCCAAGAGUUUUGCAUUGCAAGGCGCUGUAUGUGGAAAGUCAGGAUUAAGAAAUUUUGUUGAUGCGCCGUGGCCUGGGCUUUCAGGAUUCGAGGACACCUACGACCCAGCCGUCCUUGAAGACAUGAAGCAGGGACGUAUGUGGUUCAACAUUACAAGUAUCACCCCGCUCAAAUGCCACACUCUUCAGGAACUGCUUGACAUGGCGAAGCUUCAGGAAGUUGAUUACAUGACCGUGGAUACGGAAGGCAGCGAGUUGGAGAUACUCGAAGCAUUUCCCUUUGACAAGUAUCGGGUUGGCUUAAUCCAAGUAGAGUCGCACAUUGAGUCUUGCAUUUUGACAAGGGAUGGAUGGUCACCUGCAGACUCGUGGAAGUUCUGGUGCCGUAAACAGGAAAAAGCACAGAGGCUUAUCCAGCUCAUGACUUCUAAAAGUCGUUAUUCGCUGGCAGAGAAGUAUGUUGUGAGCGUCGAUGGCCGCGGCCGGAACAGCAUGCAUGAUGUCUGGAAUCCAGUGUAUUUCGCAAGGGAGAUGACUAUUGACCUCAUCUUCCGCUUGAGCUAG